AUGCUCAAGGCGACAAGCACCGUAGCAAAACAGCUUGCAGAAACGGGGAUAUGGAAUCGCAGAGGUGGCAGAAAGGCAAGCAAAGCCCCAAAGGCGAUAGAGCCUCAUAGGGUAAAUGUUGUAAGCGAAGGGCUCUGCGACGACAUUAUCCAAUACAUUGGCACAUCAUUAGAACGCCAUAGAGGAUGCGACCUGAUUGAUUUGAAUCCCGGCGCAGGCGUGUGGAGUCGCAAGCUUCAUGACUUUUUGGAGCCUCGGAAUCACAUCAUGAUGGACCUUGAUGCCGAACUGUACAGCCCGUUUCUCAAAGAUCUGACUUCAAAAGACAAUGUUCAAUUGAUUCCAAAGUCAGGAAUAGUUUGGAAGGAUCUAUUUGAGAUGAUACAGACGAAACUAUCCCACCAAGAAUCGCUCUCUACUGGGGAAGCAGAGCCAAUACGCAACGACACGCUGCUGGUCACAGCAAACUUAUCCAGCUAUCCGAAAAAAGCCUUCCUUGGGUUCGACAGCGUUAGCACCAUGGUCAUGUACCAGUUCAUGUCUAGUAUCAAGUCAUCCUCGUUGUUUCAGAAAUAUGGCUUAGUUCGUAUGCUUCUGUGGGUGAGCGACGAUGAGAAGCGCCGACUCGUCCCCAAGUCACUAAACCGCCGCAAGCGAGGCUCAUUCGAAGCCGAGCUCGCGUGCGAGUGGAUUCACGAAGUGGCAGGACAAGAGCUGACAGCUGAAAAUCGUACUGCGCUGCGCGAUGAUUGGAUUAACAAGGAGUCCGCUCUUAAUACACUAGCCAGAAUGGAAGCACUGGGCCUCGAGGUGCCCAAGGGACGAGAAGUGAAGAUGUACAAGGAAUCACUCAAAUCAAAGAAUCUCAUAGGCAAGAAGCUGGCCGGCGUUCGCGUGCCUAAUGUCCCGCGGCCUUUCAAGAAGGAACUGGAGGAUCUCGAGCACGAACUUGAAGAGGAGCCCCCCGUGGAGUUGUCUCACCGGCUAAAGAGCCUUCGGAGCAGAGAGAAAUAUGAGAUUAACCAUUCCAAAAUGUACCUUGAAUUACUCCAGGAACACGAGAGGAUAUCAAACAUGGGGACAGAUAACACGAGCGCGUUUGUGGAAGCCAAUGAAGCCUGGAACGAGAAAAUCGACAACCUGAAGAAGAAUCAGCGAAUGGAAUUCAACGUCGUGAGAGAUGGCUACCAUCUAUUCCGCCAAAAUCCCCCUGCCUUGCUCUGGGACCGCCGAGAAUAUGAGCCACUCAAAGCCAUGCCGGACGAGUUCUUCCCAAACUCGCCAACGGCCUUCUUGGAUAUCCAGCCCAAGGCGAUGCAUCCCCUCCUCCGACAAAUCGGCCCCAACAGCAACCACGCCGGUGACAUAUCGGACAUUAUGCUGAAGUCUUGGUGGAGCAUGUCACUCCAGCCGGCAGACAAGGCGAUGGAAAGCUUGUGGCCCGGUUUCAGCGAUCUGUUUUCAGAGGUGCCGAGCUUGAGAGAUCCCACGCGGGGAGGAGUACCAAUGACAGGACAUGGAUCGUUAAGCGCAAGGGGCAUCAACGAGGGGCAGUGGACCGAGAUGUUAGAAGCAUGGAUGAGAUGGCCAUUCCGACCGACGUAUGGGCAGAUGCUGAGCAGGAUGAACGAUGAUGAUGGAGACGUGGAGGAUGAAGAUGUGAGGUCUGGCGCAAUUAUGAUGCAGGUUUAA